CACCAUGUUCUUCUCUGGUAAACUUUCUGAAUCCCAAGUUCAAAACUCUCAAUUUCGAUACUGAAUUAUAUAUAUACAUAUAUAUUCGAAGGAGUAACAAUGGAGAGCACGGACUCAUUGACCAGCUCACUGCAACCGAACCUCCCACCGGGGUUCCGGUUCCACCCGACGGACGAGGAACUAGUGGUACACUAUCUCAAGAAAAAGGCUAGCUCAGCUCCUUUGCCAGUUUCUAUUAUUGCUGAAGUUGAUUUGUACAAGUUUGAUCCAUGGGAAUUACCAGCAAAGGCAACGUUUGGUGAGCAAGAAUGGUACUUUUUUAGUACGAGAGAUCGGAAGUAUCCCAACGGAGCGAGGCCGAACAGGGCGGCUACGUCGGGUUACUGGAAGGUGACGGGAACCGAUAAGCCGGUGUUGACUUCGGGUGGUACUCAAAAGGUUGGUGUGAAGAAGGCACUGGUUUUCUAUGGAGGGAAGCCACCUAAAGGGAUCAAAACCAAUUGGAUCAUGCAUGAGUAUAGGCUUGCUGAUAACAAGAUCAACAACAAGCCCCCUGGAUGUGACUUGGGCAACAAGAAAAAUUCACUUAGGCUUGAUGAUUGGGUGCUAUGUAGAAUCUAUAAGAAGAGCAACACGAAUAGACCUCUUGAACACGAUAAAGAUGACUCUUUGGACAACAUGCUCGGCACCGUACCGCCUUCGAUAUCGAUCGGCAGCCAUCAUGACGCAAAAUUCCAGCUCGACAAAGGGAACAAGUGCACAUUGCUUGAAGCUCGAGAACAUAGCAUGUUAGAUGGAAUGCUAGGGGGUGGUGAUGGGAUUAACAAUAGUUCCAUUUCUCAUCAGUUGGGAUGUUCAAGCUCAAAGGGAGACGAGGUUUUUUGUCCUCCGUAUCAACUUCCAGGGCUUAACUGGUACUCGUAAUUCGGUUUUCAUGCACUGUAUUCGAUAGAUACACCAUCUACAGAAAGAAUAUAUCAAAAAUUUUCCAGUAGAUUGGGAUUUUGGUUUAUCGGGGAAGAGAUAAUUAGAUGAGUCGAGCCUCAUUGUUUCUUUGAGUGUAACAUGUAGCUGCCAAAAAGUUCCAUCUUUUG